GAGGAGGGAACUUCAUGUACUUUUCUAGAUUGUGAAGCAUCACAUUUGGCCAGUGUAACUACUGCACUCGCCGGGACGGUCACCUAGAAACAUCUGAACUGACAGCUAACACAAUGAAGAUCUGGACCUCUGAACACAUAUUUAAUCACCCAUGGGAGACGGUGACCAAAGCUGCAAUGCAGAAGUACCCCAACCCUAUGAACCCCAGCGUAGUCGGAGUGGACGUGCUGGACCGGAGUGUGGACACCCAAGGACGGCUCCACAGCAAAAGACUACUGAGCACAGAAUGGGGUCUUCCAUCCUUAGUCAAAUCGAUCAUUGGAAACACGCGGUCGUGCACUUACAUCCAGGAGCACUCAGUGGUGGACCCCGAAGCUAAGACAUUUGAGUUACAGUCAGCCAAUAUCACAUUUACGAACAUGGUUUCAGUGGAUGAGAGACUCAUAUACAGGCCACACCCAGAAGACCCAGAAAAGACGAUACUGACACAAGAGGCCCUCAUCUCGGUGAAGGGAGUGAGUCUGAGCAGCUACCUGGAGGGAGUCAUGGCGACCACCAUCUCAACAAAUGCUGGCAAGGGUCGGGAAGCAAUGGAGUGGGUUAUCCGGAAGCUGAACACAGAAAUCGAAGAACUCGCCGCCACAGCCCGUGGAACCAUGCGAGCCCCUAUGGCAGCGGCCGUCACAGAGAAAUGACCCUUCCCCUCUCCGAUAUCUAUCUAACAUCUCUCAGUCUAGCACCUCUUUCUCGAUCUGCAUUCCCUGCUCUUUCUUUUCUUCUCUCUCUUUCUUACUUCUCUCUCUCUCUCACUUCUCUCUCUCUCUCUCUUUCUCUCUGGAGACUCUUCUCCUGUGCCAGCACUCGAAGCCUCCUUCUGUGUUGCCCAUACUUCCUUAGCUCUUUCAUUUUUUUUUAUUUCCAUUCAUGGAAAGGUAUUCUAUCCAUCUCCCUUUGUCAAAGCCUCUACAUUAGAUGCUGAAGGGAUACCCGGGCAGCGACACACAAGGAGGCUCAUCAUCUACCACAGCUUCAAGGCUCCCAAGGCGGUCGGUCUCGGAGUCUGUCUUUUGGUGGACACUUAAGGACUAGAGCUCAUUCAGGUCACAGGGUGGCAAGUGGGGGGGGAAAGUGGAUAUGCAAUAAUAGAAAACUAAAAAAAAAGAGAACAGAACAGUACCAACGAAAAGGUCACCAGUGCCAGGAGCUCUUCCUAUCUUCCUAUCAUGGUUUUUGUUUGUGUUCAGCCUUUGCACAAGAUGUGUUCUGUGGCACUCUUUUUGUCACACGGCCAGCAUUCUGAACAGUGCUGGUGGUUAGGUUACAAUACAGCUUAUGACUGUGCCGCAGACAGCAGGGGUCACCGUGCAAGUUAGCCCACCUGACUCGCGUGCCGUGCUCACGUGUAGGACGACACAAACACCAACAGCAACAGCCACUGGUGUGCAGUUAUGAAAGGAUCAGCCAUGGUUUUUAUGCAGCACAGUGCCAAGAGUUCUUCAUGCGACAGCACUCCCUAAGCUUGGUUAUAUGAGCUGUGAAUGCUUCAGUCCACUCUCAACAGCUAUUCUGCUUAACAUGCUGGGAAGGGUUUCCCUACUGGCUCCUCUGGACUUGAAAGUCAAGUACUGUACCAGUAAUAACAAACAGUAAUAAAUAGUAAAUAACUCAGAUAUUGUCAGAUAUUUUUUUAUUUUGAUAUGUCUUUUCAAGAGAAUAUUUGAAGGGAACAAAAUAUCGCUUUGUUUUCUUUUUCUGAUAAUAGUUUCAUAGAGAGGACCAUCUUGAAUGCAUUGUAUUUAGGUAUUGAUUGUAGGCUUGAUGUGUAAGCAGACAGCUUUCUCUUUGGGCAAAUAGGCCCAAAGCAGAGUGGCUCUCGGAAGAAAACUGCCCCAAUACUAUUGAAUUUCCACCUGGCAUUUGAUAUUUAGAUUUGGUAUAUUAAAAGACCCACCACUUUUUAAAGCAAAUGUAGAACUACAUGAUUUGAAUUAGCUGUUUAAGACUAAGCAGUUAUCAGAAAUUGUUACAUGGUGUCUCGGGACAUGGUGUCCUUCAGGGGUCACCUUUGAAGGUGGUGGCUGUUGCUCAUUUCAAAAGUUAUGUCACCUUGUUGUCCCCAAGGAUUGUCCAAUCAAUCAUGAUGGUACUAUAUUUGUUUCUGAAGUACUUAAAAAAAAAAAAAAAAACUCUGCAUUUGUUUAACUUAUUCCAUUUUUCUUUGAAGUUUUGUCUUUAUCCAACCUCAGAAUGAAAACAGAGUUAUCUAGGUGGGGAAACAAUGCAAGGAGUCAGGAAACUGCUUUUUCUAUUGAAGACCCAAAUGUAUGAAGUAAUGACAGGACACGUGAAGAGUUAUAAACAUAUGUUAUGGGUUUUCUUUGUUUUGUUUUUAGUGAUAAAAAAAGUUUUUUUUCUGAUAAGGGGAAAAUAAAUAACAACUAUUUAUUUAUUUAUGAUAGGCUUUAUGUGUGUUUUCAAUGCAGUGGUGAUGGCGAUGAAAAGCAAGUCUGCUCUCAGUGAGGGGAAAAAAGAUGCUACAGGUGUACUUUCCAGAACACUUCAAAGUUGAAUGGUUCAGUGUGUUUUAUUGUGUUAAGUACAAAGUAGACAGGAUGUUGCAGUCAAUAUUGUUAACACAUUUUUCUAGACUCAUUCCUGUUUGCAGUGUUUACUCGAUAUUACACUUUUAAAAUUACUUCCAUUGGAAGCCUUUAAAACGGUGAACUGCACUUAAUGUCGGCUCAUUGUCGGCGACAUUUGUUCUACAUUCAGACUUGACAACUGCUAAUGGAACAGCAUAUCUCAUUUCUUGUUAAAACAUUUACUGAUUGUCAUUAAGUCAUUGGUUGGAGAGUAUUUGAUGAAAAUAAAGAAAUGUAAAGAUGA